UCUCGCUGAAAACCAAACCUUGAGGGAAUCUACAAAAGUUUAGUUCGGUCUGCGCUCUCUUCUGGAAAGUUGUGCGUUUUUGCUCCUGGAGAAAUGGAAGGGCAAUGGAGUAUUAUCGAUUUGCCAUUGGAUGUGCUCGACAAGGUGUUCGAUUUGCUGGAUCACGCAGAUAAAUUGCGCUUUGCAAAAUCUGAUCGGGUGAUUGGCGAAGCAUUUGCCUAUCACACUCGAUAUAAAUACAAGCGAAUGUAUUUAUCGAAUGUGUGUGGCUCGUGGUCAGAUACGGUGACCAUAUGUGGUGCCAACAUUGUCGAUCUAGACAACAGUUAUACUCUGGCCGAUAACCAACUGAAAAUCAUAGAGUCGCAUUGCCCUAACCUUCAAGUUGUGCACUUGGGGGUAAAGGAUGAAAAUUGCGCUGCCCUCAAGUCUCUGAUUGUAAAUCUAGAGCAGCUGACAACCGUAAGGCUGUGGAUUGGCGGAGAAGCAACACCGAAUAUCUACCACAUGUUGCAGGAACUGCCACGGCUUAAAACGCUGAGACUCUAUCGAUUCAGAAAAGAGGAUGCUUCACAAAUCUACAAAUUGGUCGAUUUGGAGGAGUUGAAAAUUAGAUCUAAUUGGCUACAUCCAUAUCGCCCGACUCUUGAUAUUUGCCAAUUAUGCUUUCACUUGCAAAAACUGCGAUUUUUGAAACUUGUGAAAAUUGAAAUAUGUAAUCCAGGGAAAUUUCCAGAGCUACCCAGUUCAAUUCUUGAAAAACUACACAUUAUCGACUGCGAAAUCACAUCGGUUUUGCCGCACAUCCCAGGACUGAAAGAGUUCAAUUUCUUUGGUAAUUAUUUCCGAGUAUACCAGCUAUUCAAAUGGAUCUCAAAGCAUUCUCUUGCUUUGGAGAAACUGAAGAUGAUGCGGGCCCAUCCGGAACCAGAUGAGUUCCUCGAUAUGCUGACGUGCUGCAAGAAGUUGCGUUACCUUAUCAUAAAGCUGCCCGGCUUGCGGAUCACCAAGGAUUUUCUAGCCUCUAUUACGAGCAUUUUGAAGGAGAAUGGUGUGACCCCGGACAAGCCUUUUCAGUUAAAAUUAAAUGCUCAUAAGAAAGUGAAGAAGGUCAGGAUCAAGCAUCUGAUGGCUGAGACCCCAAAUGCAGAGUUACUGCACUUUUGGUGAAUUCCCCUAUCUAAGGAAUAUAUAUAUAUUCAAAAUUAAUUAUAUUCCUCGCUUAUUUCUUUCAUCUAUUCAUAUAACUUUGGGCUACAGAUCUGAGUUAGUAAAUA